AUGUCGGGAGCUGACAUUGUCAGAGUCUUGACGAACAACGGCUCUCCUGAAACUAAGAGCGUGUCAGAACCCAAGGGCGACUACGAAGUUGUCAUGUACAGGCCAAGAAUAGACAAUGGAUCCCUGCGUGUUGAGCGCUGGACCAGCAAGGCUGACCCGACAUAUGUCUAUUGGAGGACUCUGUCCUCCGACAACGAGACUAAAAACUACGGCGAUAGCGACGGAAGCCGAAUUCUUGAAACGUCAAACGACAAUAGUCGUACUUUCUCCUGGAUGCUAAGCAAGUCUUACGAUGCGCAUGGCAAUGCGAUAGAGUACAUGUAUAAACAAGAGGACGCCAAAGAUCUUGUUGAUGCAAGCGGAGUCCUCCCUGUGUGGGAGAAGAAUAGAAUAGAAGAGUUGAGGUGUUGUCAGAAGUAUAUCAAGACCAUCAAAUAUGGAAACAGUAUUCCCAGUCGUGAUCCAAAAUCGUGGGAAGUAUCACAAUGGACUAAAGAUAUGUACUGGAUGUUUGAGCUUAUAUUCGACUAUGGCGAACAUAGCCACGAAACCCCAACCAGUGCUGAAUCUCUCGAUUGA